AUGCAGCGGAACGUCGCGACGUGCCAUAUAGUAACGUCGUGGUCGUUGCCGCGAGUGUGUAUGAAAAACUACGGUACGGGUGUUGUGUUGUGUGCCCAAGGUUCGACCGGCAGCUUCGGUGACCUGAUGAACCUGAAACGGUUCUACGACGACUCGUCCGUGGGCUCGGCCGAAAACCUGGUGGCCCGGGCCGUGCCACUGUCCACCGUGUUCUGCCGACAGCAUCUCGGCGCCGCGUCCGAAGAAUCGGUGUCGUCGGCAGCCGCGGAGGCCGCUGCCUCCGGGCCCUACCACCACCGGUCCCGCAUCGACCUGCAGCAGAAGCAGCUGCAACAAGCGCAACAGCAACAGCAACUGCAACUGCAGCACCAGCAACAGCACCAGCAGCAGACGCGCCGAUACGCCUCCGAACUCGGGGGCGCCCGUCAACAACCGCCGCAGCACCGGACCGCCGAGAUGACCAGCCAACAGCGCAUCGAACGCAUGUCCAGAAUUAUGAAACAGCAAAACCAUCGGCCCGAGCAGAUGAUGCGGUUCAGGCACACCGUGACACUAGUAAGUGGCCGCCACCAUAAUGUCGUGAUAAAAUACUUUGCCCAUAAUAUAAUAAUAUACUGCACAUUCGGAGGUUAG